AUGACUGGGCUUGCUACGAGCAUGAAACCAACUGUGGAGGAGAUAGAGAUAGAGAGAGAGAGAGAGAGAGAGAGAGAGAGAGAGGAGGGGGAGUUGUUUUGGUCCAUGAACGUGUCGAUCUGUAUUUUUUGUAGCUCGAGGAAGUCAUCCGUCGAGCUUUCAUGGAGUGUGGGCAUUCGUCUCCAAGAAAAUUUCCAAUUACGUUAUUAACGUGUGAGAUCGAUCAUACGAUUCCUACAGCUACUUAGCACGUUUCCAGCUAAUCCCAGCUUUCUUCUCUGCCAAACGCCAUUUAAUUAAUCCCUGCUCUGAUCUCCCCUCCGCCGGGCCACCGCAGCUUCGACCUGGUCAACGGAAACCAUGCGUGAUCUUGCCGUUUGGUGAUUCCGUGCAGCCUCAAAAAUGAAGCCCAGAAAGAAAACCAGGCCCUGCCCCGGAAUCUAAACCAUGAUCUCUCUUUCUCUCUCUCUCGAUAUACAUAAAAAAAUGUGCAUAUUUAAACAAGAGUUUUUAAUGCGCGUAGUGGACUCAGGGUAUGAGAGAGGAGGCAGGAGUGGGGAAGCAGCCAUGAAUUCAGCCUGGAACAAGGCUUCAGUGGUGGUAAAUCUCAGAGAUCUCUCUCUACCCGUGGAAAACGCCGGCUCCUCCCUACGGCAGCUCGGACUCAGCCGCACGUGCCUGCGGAGGCAGGAGGCAAUGGAUAAGAACCAGGAAACCCUAACGGGGGAGGAGGUGGAGGGAGGGGAGCUCUUCCGGCGCGAACUCCGACAAGAGAGGUGCCGAGACGCUCGCCGCUGUGAUGGGGGGGGGAACUGGGGAAGUCCACACCGGAAUAAGAUAUGCAGAGGGCUUGCCUUGGAGCGGAGUGGCAGGGCGUUGAAUCGCCGCCGGCGAGGGUUUUUAUAUACAUGACGUUGACGACUUCGCCGGAGACACGCUCCGCCACGCACUUGUCUGGCGAUCGCGUUCUCGAUCUUAAUGGCGGAUGGGGGCGGCAUCCGAUGUUCUUCCUGUUCGCUGCUUUAGCAGUGGCAUUGCAUGAUCUAAUGGCAGUCCAGCGAGAGAGAGAGAGAGAUAGAGAGAGAGAGAGAAGGGGUCAAAAGCAGCUAGGCUUUCUGCGCCAUUUGAGUGCCUCGGAGGGGUGGGUUCUCUGCGUCUCCUCGACUGGCUCUUCGGAUUGGGGCCAUUGA